AUGUCGAGCCCCGGGGUGACGAGGAUGCUGCACCAACUGUCGCAUGAGUUGCGGCGGCGCGGCACGCACGCUCACGUCAGAGACUCCCUUGCGUUGAAGUACGCGCUGGCCCAGGGACGCCGCUACCGCCAGACGGACCAGCAGCUGUGCAAAGCCCGCGAGGAGGUCCGGUUCCUGGGGGAGACCUACCUCUGCUACCUGCGGAGCUCCCGCCUGUACCAGAACCUGUACGACCACUACCGCGGGAAGGGAGAGCGUUCCGUGGACGAGACUGCAGGCUUGGUGGGGUUCAAGUUGCCUCCUGACCAGAAGUAACCUCUUUGUAUUCACUAGUCACUGCAGUGUAUCGCUUGGUGUGAUUAAUUAUUCGCUUAUUGUUUUUCAAAUAACUGAGAUACUCCUAAAUCCGUUAAAAAUAUUUUGCUGUCGGUAGUUCUUCAUAUUUGCAAGUUAGAUGAGUAUUUUUUUUUUUUUUUGCAGCACAAUAUUGUCGACGGCUAUAAAUGUGAUUGUCGGUGCUUCUUAAAUAUGCCAUACCAAAGUUCCUGGCUUGAAAUUUUUGAGACAGCUGUAUUUCUACGUUGUUAGUUAUUUUUGUAAUAUUAAAAAGUUUUUAGUUUCUUACGGAGUAAGAAUGUUUUCCGUAGUAAAGUUUGUUUUGGUGAACAUCGUCAUAACUGCUGCUGUCUCUUCUCGUGAUUGUCCCCACGGGCACUUCAGAGUUCCCCGCAUGGCGGAAUGCCACCGGUGGCUGACCUGCGAGGACCUGCUGCAAAUCACAGUCCUCGAGGUGAUCGGGCAGGGGGCCGUGAAGAGAGUGCACCGGGCGAGGUGGCGUGGCGACGUCGAGGUCGCCGUCUCGUUCCUCAACAGCGUGGACCUGGCGGAGGACUUCCGCCACAACCGGGAGAUGCUGGAGCUGUUUGGCUGCAGUCCUCUCGUGGUGCAGCUGGUGGGGUUCUGCGCGGAGGAGGGCGUGCUGGUGACGCAGUAUCACAGACUCGGCGACGCCGCAGACCUGGCCAAGGUUCUACCCGAGGGCCGCCGGGACGAGAGGUCCGCGCUGCGCCUCUGCCACAACUAUGCCUCGCUCAUCAGCCACCUUCACUCGGGACCGGGCGGGCCCCGCGUCAUGUGUGACUCCGCAGACCUCGGCAAGCUGCUCGGCCAGUUGCUGGUCACGGACGACCGCACCUUGGUGCUCAACGACCUGGAUGCUCUCCCGCUUGUGCGGCCCGGCGAAGCCGUCAAGUGCGGCCGCCGCGAGCUCUCGGGGGACUUCGUGGCGCCGGAGCAGCGAUGGCCUCACCCGGGACCGUUCAGGGAUGAGAGCAUGCCCGGGUACGGUGUGGAGACGGACAUCUGGAAGCUGGCCACGGUGUGCGAGGCCUUCCUGCAGUACGUCCCGGGCAGCGAGGCGUCCCUCUACAGCCUGUAUGCUCUGCACCGGCGGUGCAAGAGUCCCUCCCCUGCGUCGCGGCCGGCCGCGAGCGAGCUGGUGGAGGCAUACGGCCGACUAUUGGCUGACGGCCACGACGAGCUGUGACUCCUCCCAGGUACUCAACCUCAGUCUUUGGAAAACUCACCAAAAAGUGUAGAACAAUUUUUUAAAUAGUGUGGAAAUGCAUCAUAUAUAAGGCAAAAUAUAGCAGGACAGUUAAUUUUUACUUCUUUUGACUUUUUAAUUAAAUUAUAUUAUUGCUCUAAAA